CAGACACACACAUCAUGGCCGCGGAGCUGUCCCAGGACGCGGUGCUCUUCUACCUCCGGAGCAGCGGAGGCUCCGCGAGGAACUCCGACCUCCUGCUCCACUUCAGGGACUACAUCCGGACCCACCCGGACCGGGACCGGAACCGGGAGCAGUUCAAGAGGUUCGUCAACUCGCUGGCGACGGUCCGGCAGGAGGACGGGGUGUCUGUCGUGGUCCUCAGGAAGCGGUUCCGGGGACGAGUCCCGAGGGACGGAGCAGGAGGAGGAGGCUCCGUGUCCCCGGAGGACACUCACCUGAGGGAGGCGGCAGUACCCGCCCCGCCGGGAGACACCGCAGGGAAAACGAUCCUACCCGCAGCUGGAAUCAUCAACAACAACAUGGAGACAAGUUUGAACCUGAAACGUAAACAAGAACAACAACUGCAACCACCACCACCACAACAACAACAACCACAACAACUGCAACCACCACACCAGCAGCAGCAACAACCACCACCACAACAACAACAACAACCACAACAACUGCAACCACAACCACCACACCAGCAACCACAACAACAACCACAACCACAACCACAACGAUGCCAGCAGCAACAACCACAACAACCACACCAGCAGGUGAACAUCUCACCUGAGCCCCGUGUUUCUCCUGCAGCAGCUGCUCCUCUCCACUUCUCGGAGGAGCCCCCCCUGAAGACCCCCGCUGGGUCUGCUCCUCCCGUCCGACUUCAGUGCACCGAGGUGCGGCAGCAGACUCUGGGUUUCGGCCCCCCCCCUGGGGUCACACCUGUGGUCCGACAUCAUGGAGAAACCCGCCAGCAGGGGGCAGCGCCUCAAGCCCUCAGGAGCAGGGAGGCCUGUGUGCAGCCUGGAGGAGGAGGAGGAGGAGGAGCCCUUCAUCAAGCCCCUCCUCUUCACCCUCAGAUGGCUCCACGCCGAUUCAGAAACAGGCCGAGCUACAAAUCUGCUGUUUCUCAAGAUGAAGACGAGGAUGAGGAGGAAGAGGAGGAGGUAACCAGGAGGCGCGGCUCAGCAGGAGGGGUGUGGCCGUUAGAAGGCCCAAUGAAGGCCCUCUCCGCCUCCUCGCCGUGCAUCAUAGAGUCACCUGCACCUCCCUCCGCUGCCUCCUCCUCUUCAUCAGACAGGAUUCUCCCGAAGAUUUACAUCCAGGAUGUGGAAGGGGGAACGCUGACCCCCCCUGGCCCAGUUCCUGGCGCUGAGCCGGGGGUGGAGCUGAAAGGACAGUGGGCGGGGGCAGGGAGGCGGUAUGUGUCACCACAGUCGACGCCCAUCAGAUACAGCCGACCACAGCACUACACGCCAUCUCCAGAGCGAGUCAGAGUGGUUUCUCCUCGUCACGACCUCCACCAGGACCAGCGAUCCUCGCAGGAGCCCAGGCCUCCUCACAGCCAGGGGGCGCUGCUGUCCUCCAGCCACAGCAGCAUCUUCUCCCCCUCGGACGCCGGCUGCUCCGGCAGCGACUGGCCUCCCUCUGGCUCCCCCAGAGGAUCCCGGUGGAACAGCAGCUACGAGGAUCUCCCGGCCCCGGCAGCUGAGCCCGGCCGUCUCAUCGGGGACGUCCUGCAGCGAGCGCAGAGGACCAGGCUGGAGUCGGGGACGCGUUUGUUCCAUCACUCCACCGAACAUCUCCAUGACAACCAGGACUCCAAACGCAGUGUGUUGCCGUGGCACCACUCCACAGGUGAUCUCUAUGACGACCAGGAGAACGCGGAGUCCAGCGAUGGCUCCUCCUUCUCCUCGCCGGUCCGUCAGCGCCCGGCGGUCACCAGGCGGCUCAGCCGUCAGGUGAGGAGCAGGAUGUGCUGCAGCCUCGGGGCCGACCUGGACCAGCUCCUCCAGGAGGAGGUGACGGGAGGAGGAGGAGGAGGAAGUGAGGCGGCCCGACUGAACCGCCUCCACCUGAUCUCCUCCUCGCUCAGUCUACGUCACAACCUGUCCUCCUCCUCCCUGUCCUCCUGCUCCACGCCGCCGAGGAGCAGCAGCAUGGCUGACCUGGUCGAGGGGGAGGAGCGGAGAGGAGGAAGGAGGAGCCUCCCUUCUUCUACCGCUGCCCCCCCCUCCACCGCUCAGCAUGAAGGCUCCAGUAAACAGUCGUUGGUUCCUCUGGAGCCCAAAGAGCACGACUGGCUGGUGAAGGGCGCGGCGGGCGCCUGGACCGACAUCUACUCGCUGUUCAGAGACGAACCGUCCCUGCUCAACAAGAGAGACUUCAUCUCGGGCUUCACGGUGCUGCACUGGAUCUCCAAACACGGAGACCACCGCGUCCUCAACACCUUAUGGUACGGAGUCCAAAAGGUCGGUUCGAUGUUUGACGUCAACGCCAGGUCAACGUGUGGCCACACGCCUCUCCAUGUCGCCGCCAUCCACGGCAACAAGAACAUAAUGCGGUUGCUGGUCAGCAAGUUCGAUGCAGACGUGAAACUCCGGGACACGGCGGGGAAGAAGCCCUGGCAGUACCUGAGCUGCAACGCACCGCUGGACAUCUUCCAGCUGCUGGGCGCGCCGGCUCGAGUCGCCCUGGGCGGAGACGGACCCGGCAGGAAAGCAGACGCCAGCUGGGAUCAGCAGCAGCAGCAGCACCGCCGCCGCCGCCAUCAUCUCUCCACAGCCUCCUCGGGCGAGAGGCCGCUGACCAUCGCCGGCACGAUCCGGGUGAAGAGGUCGUCUUCCAUCGCUGCGUUACUCAAACACAAAUCCAUGCGACGCUUUCACGGACCCAAAUCUAACUUCUUUUUUUAAAGAAAACUUCAACUGGUGGAUUAUGUUGGGUUUUGUUUGGAUAAUUCUACAACCUGGUUGAUGGACCCACCAGGGAACUGGAGGUUAACGGUUCAGCUGGUCUCACAAAUAUCAACGGUUUAAACUGUCGGAUAGUUUCUGGUUACAGAACUGAUUCUAAUGUGUCCCCUCGAUUCACUUGUGGUUCAGCUCAGUCCAGAGAACUAGAUCAAAGGAAGCACCAGAGUCUGGGACUAAACUUUCAGUUCCUCUGAUGUGACACAGACGUGUGAAACUCACAGGAAGAAGUGAUUUCCCUCCACACAGCGGAUCAGUGUUCAGCAGGACGUUUCUAACCAGAGCUCCGGUUUCACUCAGACACUUUGUUCAACAACAAAGACCAAACUCCAGCUCAACGUUUGUUAACUUUAUAUUCUUCACAUUGUUUACAAAUUACCCACUGAGGCUUUUUACUUUGAGUUUCUUCCUUUGGUUUGAAUCACUUUCUAUAAAAAUAAUAUCACAAACACCUUCUCAACAAGAUAAAAGUCACACUGCUGUAUGUUGUGUUGUGUUGUGUUGUGUUGCGUUGUGUUGUGUUGUGUUGGGGGUUUACAGGUGCUGAGGUGAACUAAAGGGUGAUGCUGGUUUUAAUUUUUGUACUUUUGUCCUUUCUUUGAUAAAGUUGUCAUGUAACAAGUCCGACUUGUAAAGAUCAGACAAACAGGAUAUAAUGUUGAUUUGUUGCCUUUGAUCAGAACUAGGCUAACUUUUUCCCCCUGUUUCUACUCUUUGUGCUAAGCUAAGCUAACUCCAGUAUUUCCUGGCUGUAGCUUCUGUCACAUUUGAUCCUCUCAUCUCACGUUCUGUAAGAAAAAUACAUUCCCCCCAAUAUUUUCUUUCAAAGUGAAUGAGUAUUUUUUAUUGGCUCUUAUUGGAGAAAGAGCGAAAAGACGCAGCCUGAGAUUAAUUUAGUUGUCGGUGUUAUUUUGUUUACCUUCUUUACACACAGUCACGUUGUUGUAUUAUUAUUCGCUGUGACUUUUACAGAUCACUUUGAUAAUCAGGAUCAAACUUGUUUAUGUUUGUUAAUGAUAUUGAAGUUGACCCAUGAGGAGGUGAACAGUAUUUUCCUCACAGUAUUAAAUUCACAGAUGGUGAUUAAAUAUUCAGUAUAUAUUAAAAUUAUGUGAAUCACAUCAAAUCUUUUUUAUCUGACUAUUUUCUAUGUUUUGUUGAUUUUCAUCUGUGGAGGAAGAACUCAAAUACUUCAUGUAAAAGCACCAAUGAAUGGACAAAUACUGUAUGUACUAAAGUA